AAUUAAGGGAGUUGUAAAAACGAAUAUUGAUUCCUCUUCUCUUCGUCAAUUAAAAAAAACCUCUUUUUAGAUAUUUUUGUUUUUGGACCAAUUCUUCGUUUUUUCAACUAUGGUUCAAUUGAUGAGAACUGCCAUGGAAGAGUCGCCGGAGUUGCAGUGGCGUAAGGGGAAGACGGCGGCGGUGAAACUGGAAUUCGAGGAUGCUUUAGAUGAAGCAUACGGCCCACUCAACAAGAGAUCCAAACUUUCCUCUUCUCUACAACAACAAUUAGUUGUAGGAGCUGAUGGUUUCCCAGUACCUCCUUCGCAGUACAACCCACUGGAUGAGCCUAGUCCAUUAGGUUUGAGGCUAAGAAAGAGCCCAUCACUGUUGGAUUUGAUCCAGAUGAAACUUUCUCAGGGGAACAACCCCAAGGUGGGAAAUCAGGGGAAGAAGGAGCAGAAGGGGAACUCUGGAACAAUUGAAAAACUCAAGGCCUCGAACUUUCCUGCCACAGUUCUGAGAAUUGGGAGCUGGGAGUACAAGUCAAGAUAUGAAGGGGAUCUAGUGGCAAAAUGUUACUUUGCAAAGCAUAAACUUGUUUGGGAAGUCCUAGACGGUGGUCUCAAGAAUAAGAUAGAAAUCCAGUGGUCGGACAUUAUGGGUUUGAAGGCAAAUUACCCUGAUGAUGGACCUGGAACUUUAGAUGUAGUGCUAUCAAGACAACCUCUUUUCUUCAGGGAGACGAAUCCACAACCUAGGAAGCACACUCUUUGGCAAGCAACAUCCGAUUUUACUGGAGGACAGGCUAGCAUGCACAAGCGACAUUACUUACAGUGUCCACAAGGCUUGUUAGGAAAGCAUUUUGAAAAGCUUAUUCAGUGCGAUCCCCGUCUUAAUUUCCUAAGUCAACAACCAGAGAUUACACUAGAUUCUCCACAUUUCGAAUCCAGAAUUUCAGCAUUUGAAGACCCAAAUGUGUCUGACUCGGAAUUUAAUCUGAAUAAUGAGAGAAGUACCACCUUUCUCAACUUGCAGGGUGCCGCUUCACCUUCUGGAGCCCAUUGUUCUUCUUCAAACGGAGAACAAGAUUUUAUUGUUAGUAGACGAUUGGAAAACAUUCAUCCAGAAACUCCUUCACCAAGCUCAGUGAUGGAUACAAGGGCAAUUCAAGAUAUCAGUAGAGAUAUGGAGCAAUUGAAAGGCCUCGGUAACCUAGACCAGCUCCGAGUGCCUGGUCUUCAUCCUUCCAUGUCAAUGAAAGAUUUGGUGAGCCACUUUGAACAACGUUUUUCUGAGCAGGGAACGUCUGAAGUUAUAAACCUGUCCAGUGAUGAACGGCAAAGCUUGGAGAUUCUGGAAGAGAUUUCAAGGUGUUUGUUUAGUGACACUCAAAAUAUGCCUGCAUCAGAUGAGAAAUCCCUCAUGACAAGGGUCAAUUCUCUGUGCUGCCUUCUUCAGAAGGAUCCCGCAACAGCUCAUAAGAGUGAGAAUUAUGAUGAUGUUGCAGUUGGAGGGAAGAGAACUGAUGAAUUGAUCAGUUUCUUUCCUGGAGCAACAAGUGAAAAGAAGGUUGAAGAUCCUUCUACAUCAGAGGAUAAAUCAAAUGAUCCAGCUCCGUCAAUGUCAAGAAAAGACUCGGUAGGGGAUCUGUUGCUGAAUCUGCCAAGAAUUGCGUCGUUGCCUCAGUUUUUGUUCAAUAUCUAUGAAGAUUCCGACCACCAAGCUAGAUAGAAUCUGCUUAGUUUAUCAUCAUCCAGAAAAGGAUGGCGAAGUUGCUUUUGUAUAUAGCAGGCAUAGAGUCCUCUAAGACACUGCUUAGCUACAGUGUCCAGUUUAGGAUUUGACUUGUAACUUCUAGAUGUUGUGCAGGUAGUAUAUGUAUCUUCUAUUUUAGUUUGUGCAAAUAGACAGUAUUCUCCAGGUCGUCUGAAUAGUUUUUUAAUGACAUUACUACUACAUUUUGUGUAAAAAAUUUACCAAAAGGUACUUCGACAAA